AUGAUAGGUGUAUCUAGUCUGUUUAUCAAUAAAGAUAAUUUAAAUCAAGAAAAAUUUGAAAAUGAAAAUGAUGAACAAAAAUUAUCAAGACCAUUCAUCGAUCCAAGUAUAACGAGUAUUAUUCUUUUUUCUGGUCAAGGUACACCAUUUGUUAUAAAAAAUUGUGUCGUAACAGUUGAUUUUAGUAUCGGUGAAAUAACAGCACUUCUCUAUGCUAGUUGUAUGACGUAUAAAGAUGGUCUUCGUUUAAUUAAGACUCAUGCUAAAUCAAUGCAACCAUCAUCAAAUGAAGUAAAUAGUGGAAUGAUAUCAGUAUUUGUUGAUCAUAAAAUAAAACUAAGCUUACAAAGACAAUGUUUUGGUAUAAACGAUUCUAAUAAUGAUCACGAAGAUGGGAAUACAUUGAAUUGCAAUGUUUAUCAUCUUGUUCGACGAUUGAAAACAUUGAAACCAAAUAUAUCAAUAUUUGAAUUUUUACCAAAUGAAUUAAUAUUAAACUUAUUUGAAUAUUUAUAUUGUGAUGAUAUCAUCUAUGCAUUUAAUAAUCUUAAUUAUCGUUUUCAAUUAUUAUUACAUUCAUAUGAAUAUUAUCAUUUAAAUUUUGAUAAAAUAAUAAUGAAAUCAAAAUUUAAUCUUAUUGAAAAUUUACCACUUAACAUUCAACAUGUUAAAUCAUUAACAUUAUCGAAUAAUGUUUAUUCAUGUACAAAUAUUGAACAAUGUCUAUUAAAAUAUCCUAUAGAAUUAUUUUAUAUUAGACUUCAAUCAUUGUCAUUUAUUCCGAAGGAUACUGAUCAAUUACUAUACCUUAUUUUAUUAUUACCAAAUUUUCAACAAUUAAAAUAUUUAUUAAUAUCUGAAAAUAAAUUUUAUUAUAAGUCUGACUAUGAUACAAAAAACAAAAUUCGUAAUAUAAUAUUAUUUGAAAUAAAAACAUUAAAAUACUUUACAUGGGAUGGUUCUGGUUAUGAAUUUAUAGAGUGA